AUGAGCGGUGAUGAAGAGGAAGAGGGUCCGAGCACAUCGAGAGAAACGCACGGCCAACGUUAGUUCCAGCGGCGAUACUUUCAGCGGUGAAAAGUUUCAGAAUACGUUCAACUUGGAAAUCUCGGAGAGUACAAGGACGAAGUGACGCCGUUGCUCAGCUCAAAACAUGUUCCGCUCGUUCUCGGAAAAGUCUCGAAGGAAGCGGCGAUUGCGACGCAUUCAGCACUCCGCGGCGGAAUAUCGGUUGAAAAAGAGCAGCAGUGAGUUCUCAUUAUCCGAAAUCUACGUAAAAAUAACGUCCAGAAUCCGAGAAAUCUACGACCGGCUGGAUAUUGACAACGACGGCACGAUAGACAUUCGAGACUUGACCCUGGCUCUGAAGCACGAGACCCCGCACAUUCCUUCCAAUUUGGCGCCGGUGAUAAUGUCGAAGAUGAGCCCGGACGACGACGGACAUGUUGAAUUCCAUCACUUUGCGAGUUAUGUGCUGGAAAACGAGCAAAAGCUUGCGGAGAUGUUCGCCGAAAUGGAUCAGAACCACGACGGACUCAUCGACGUUGUGGAGAUGAAGAACUACUGCAACGACAUCGGAGUUCCGUUGGACGAUCAGAAAGCACGAGAUAUAGUCGAUAAGAUGGACCAGACCGGUUCGAAAUCGGUCGGUUUGAAAGAGUUUCAGGAUUUCAUGCUGCUUUAUCCGUCGUCCGAUAUGAAGGACAUUGUCUUCUUCUGGAGGCACAAUCUUAUCAUCGACAUCGGGAGGACAGCCAGAUCCCGGAGGAUUUUAGUCAGCAAGAGAUGCAGGAAGGUGUCUGGUGGAGACAUCUCGUGGCCGGAGGAUCUGCCGGAGCCGUCUCUCGGACAUGCACAGCCCCGUUCGAUCGGAUCAAAGUGUAUCUGCAGGUGAACUCGACGAAAACGAACCGAUUGGGCGUGAUUUCGUGUUUGAAAUUAUUGCACGCGGAAGGAGGAAUCAAGUCGUUUUGGCGUGGAAACGGUAUCAACGUGGUCAAGAUUGCCCCGGAGAGCGCCAUCAAGUUCAUGUGCUACGAUCAGCUGAAACGGCUCAUUCAGAAGAAGAAAGGCAGUCAGGAGAUCAGCACUUUUGAACGGUUAUGCGCCGGUUCGGCCGCUGGCGCCAUCUCGCAAUCCGUGAUUUACCCGAUGGAAGUGAUGAAGACGCGGUUGGCACUGCGACGGACUGGCCAGAUGGACCGAGGCAUCAUCCACUUUGCUCAGAAAAUGUACGCGAAAGAAGGCAUCCUGUGCUUCUACAAGGGUUAUCUGCCGAAUCUGAUCGGAAUCAUUCCGUACGCUGGAAUUGACUUGGCCAUUUAUGAGACGCUAAAACGGUCCUACAUGCGGUGCUAUGACGUCAGUCUUUGCUCUCUUUUGCCUCUCACUCACAGAAAUCGUUUCAGCCAAAGUCCUCGGAACCCGGAGUGCUGGCUCUCCUCGCCUGCGGAACAUGCAGUUCCACGUGCGGGCAACUCGCCAGCUACCCGUUUGCCCUCGUUCGAACACGGUUACAAGCCAUCAGUAUGAGUUUCUCUGUUUGCUGUAAACAUUUUAAUUCUUCUUCAGCGAUCACCCGCUACUCAACGCAACCACACACAAUGUUCGGGCAAUUCAAGCAUAUAUUACAAAACGAGGGCUUGGCCGGGUUCUACCGAGGGAUCACCCCAAACUUUCUGAAAGUGAGUGCUCCUAGAGCAUCUUCGUGUCUACCGAACGUUUUUUAGGUCAUUCCAGCAGUCAGCAUCAGUUACGUGGUUUACGAGAAGGUGCGGACGAGUCUCGGCGUGAAAAUGUGUUAG